CGGCUUCGCAUCGUUCUCACUUCACAACAACAACAACACCAUGCCGGGGCCUAGCCUCAUCCCCGAGCCCCCCUUGAUCAUCCCCUUCCUCCCCGACGAGCAGGCCACGGGAGCGCUGCCGACCUCACCCGUCCGCGUAGCAGCAUGGAGCACCAAAACUAGGUCGGGCCCCACCAAGCGCCUGGCGCUCGCAGGCGCCGACAACACCGUGUGGAUCAUCUCCUCGAAGGUCGACGCUCCAUCUCAUCUUGCCCCACCGGAUUUAUUGCUGUCUGAUGCGUCCGCGCCUGGAUCGCGGCCGAUGACGCCGCGGACGGCGUCCUCCUCCUCGGCGGGCACGGUGCAGGGGCGACCACGGGCGCUGUCCUCGUCUUCCUCUGUGCUGACGUCCACCUCCCUCCGUCGCGUUCUCUCACCCACAGGCUCCACGGCCGCGCUCAUUCCCUCCUCUCAAGUCUCCAUGGCGAUUGCCACGCCAUCGCGUUCCGAUGGCCACACCCAUCGCACCUCCGCCUCAAUUGCAGAGAGAAGUGAGCUACUCCAGCAGCUGAGAGAGCAAGCAGAAAUGCCCGUCGACGAUCGCUCAGGUCUCGGCCUCGGACUUUCUGGUAUUGCUAGGCGAGGGAUAUCCGGCGUAACUGUGAAGGAGGAACCGGACGGUACUGUGACACCCAAGUCGAGUGGUUCGGAGUCGUCCGGCGCAGUCACGAGCAUCACCGGUGUCUUACGGAGCGCUGAAGAUGACUGCGCACAACGCGAGGCCAAGUCCAAGAUACAGGAGAUGGAUGUCGACCGCGCGAUGGCGCGGAAUGAGGCCGAGGACGCGCGCGAAGUCGAGGAGGCACGACAACUGAAGGCCGCCGAACCGCGCGUGGCGGCAACUACGACCCAGAACACUCCGCGGCUGGAGCGCAAGACUACGGAGGCACCAGUGCGAAUUGUUCUUCCUGAGCCGGGACGAGGUAGCAUCGUUGACCUCGCCGUUCUCGAGGAGGUAAAUGAGCUUGUCGUACUGCGCGACGUGGGCCUGCUCGAUGUAAUCACGCUGUCCACACUCCAGCUGGUCACUCACGUCAGCCUGGACCACGCGGCCCCGCCUACCGCAACCGGUGAGGCGAAUCGAACGCCGCGACUCGCGCCGUCCUGGCUCUGGCGGAGGGUGCACCUCGCGGCGCGUGAAGAGGGUGCUAUGCUCGUGGCUAAUGGCGAGCCGUGGCCGUCACCGUGGCCCUCUCCAAAUGGAGAGGUCACGCGCGUCGCCAUGCUCGCCAUUCCUUCACACGCGUGCGUUGCGAAUCUCGAGCUCCCUGGCGUGGGAGAUGUCGGUGUGACCUCAAAUGGCGAAGCCAGCUACCUGCUCCACGCUACACCAACAUCUGUCAUGUCGUAUCGCCUCACGUUCCCCAACACCCCGCCCCCGAGUGGUGCCAAUACCCCGCGCGCCGUCUCUGCCCCUUCACCGUCCACAACAGCUGCGCUUCUCAAGCCAGAGCCCACUCGGCGGGGUGGCGCGCUGGGCGGCCUUCGCAUGCGCUCCCCAAGGCAAGAGGCGAACCAGAGUGGGCUGUCAAAGUUCCUCGCCGCGCGACGGAUAGCCAAGAAGCCCGACAUCGCUGAGAAGCAAACGCCGGCUGGCGUCGACCAGGGCGUGGAGAUUCCGCGCGACGGAGGAGGGCAUUGGCGUUCGGUCCGCCUGCACGAUAAUGGGCAGGGCGUAGGCUUGGGCGACGGGCACGUCGAGGCGUUCGAGUUUGAUGGCACUCGCCUGAAAGUGCGCGGCUCCCUUGCUGCGCCCGAUGGCGUGGGCAAGGACGUCGUCUUCACCUCCGGGUGGCACGAUGUCUGCAUCGUCACUGACUCGGACAUGGUGGCGGUAUACUCGAGAGACGGGGCGCUUAAAACGCCCCAGCAGUGGACUCUGCGCAAGAGUGUCGAGGGCCACGAGGCAUACCUCUCAGCUGGCGUGCUGUACACCGUUACGGACACCGCUGUCUCAAAUUUCAGCCUGGGCAGUUUGGAGCACCGGUCUGAAGUCAAGCUGGUGGCGCCGACGGCUGGGGAGCACAUAUGCCCCAUGGGUGCAGACACAUUAUAUGUCGCUACAAACGACGGCUCUGUGUCAAAGCAGACCCCCUCCGAGUACCUCCACGGGGUGCCACCAGGUGCAUCGUCUGAGAGCGAUUCCGGGGCUGCGGUCACGUACUCCACGAUCGUUCGUUCAGAGCACGCCACCGAUGGCCUCUUCUUUGUUGCUGGUGAUGAGGACGGAGGGUUGAGGUUGUGGGACGCCGCCACGCUGAGAUUGCGUGCCUCGUUGACACUCUUCGAUACACCGGUGCGCUCAGCAACCCUCCUCGUUAUGGAAGAGGCCGGCUCGCUUCAGGGGACACUCCUGUGCACGUCAACAUGCGGGUCGGUCUCCGUCGUCAGUCUAAAGGAGCUGCAGCAGCUCUUCCUCCUCCCCGCCGCACGUGCGCCCCUCACCAAGAUCUACAUUGGCGGGGACAAGAUCCUACUGGCUUAUGAGAUCCAGAAGGCUCGCGUAUGGAAUGUGGACACGGGCGAGUUCCGGCGCAGCACGGGCCUUGACGCAGCGGACGACAUGCUGAACACGGGUGGCUGGGCUGAGGUGCAGUUCCAGGCCGCGCCACCACUCGACUCGCCAGUGUCAAAAGUGGUCGGUCCGCUGCCACCCCGCUCAGACCUGGGACGACUACUGCAGCUCGAUCUGCGCGCGCUCGGACGGUGGCUCAGUAGCCGAUCCGGCGAGUCACCACUUCCCGCUUUGCGUGGGCUCCUCUCCUCCUUCCUGACCUUCGGGCUCAAUCCCGCGAUUGACGAGGUGUGUACCCACAACCUUGAGAUCACUCCGCCCUCCAAGCCCAUUGCGGUCGGCUGGGAAGGGCCUCACGCCACUGCCACUGUGGCUUUCACGAGCGCGGCGGGCGUGUGGCGCGUAUCACCCACCACCACCUGCCUGCGCCAGCUGGCGAUUGUGUCCCUCCUGCGUCCAUUCCUCGACUCGCCAGAACACGAGCAGUGGGCCGCGGACGUGAUUGCAUUUUAUGCGGCCUCGCUUCCAGAGGACGCGCUCGAGGCCGACGCGGAGCUCUUUGCCGCGUUCUACUUUGACUCGGCGUUCGACGUGCACCAGGCUGCGAGGAUGUUGUUUGGUGUGCGGCUGAGUCGUAUGUCAAACGAGGAGAUUGAGGAUCUUGUGUCAAAAUGGCAGGACAAAUUGCCGGCUAACUGCGACUCGUCUGAGCGCUUCUCGAGUACAUCAGCGAGAGCCCUCACAAUGGUCGGGGGCAUUGCGCUGCACCGGUUUGAGAUGCUCAGCACCAGCGCGCUCAAGGCCGUCGCCGAGUCAAUUGCAAUGUAUCUGAACGAUCCGGAUCACACGUACGUUGGCCUUGCGAUUGAGCUGUGUGCCAAGGCUUUCGCCACCUGGCAGACCUAUGUGGACCCCAUGGACCUUCUGCGCCGCCUCUUCUUCCUCUCAACACACAAGGAGAUUGGGGCCAACCUCGCGGCGCAAGCACGUCUCGCUGUGUUGUCAGUGGCAUCGUCCAACGCGCCCCUCUUCAUGAGCACGCUCUCGAUGGACAUCCUGGAUGCCAAGACGGUUGAGGGCCGGACGAGCAUCAUGAAGCUGUGCGUUUUCAUGGCACGCAAGCGUCCUGCAUUGCUGGAGAACGGCCUCCCGCGGAUUGCCGAGAGUGUGGUGAAGUCUCUCGACCCGAACAUUGGCAAGAUGCGCGACGACGUGUGGGAGGCUGCGACGGUGAUCUUGAACGAGCUCGUGCAGGCCUUCACGACGAUUGAUUUCCAUGCCGGCACACAGAAGCUUGUGGUGGGCACGAACGAGGGCGCUGUCAUCAUGUACGACCUCAAGACGGCAUCCCGAUUGUACGUGCUCGAGCCACACAAGCGCAGCGUGAGCGCCGUCAGCUUCUCACCCGACGGGCGGCGAUUGGUGACGGUGUCGCUGGACGAGGGCGACAGCACGGUGUGGAAGGUCGGCUCGAGCAUCAGCGGGUUCUUCAACGUUGGCGGUCCUCCGAGACAAGGCGGCAAGGCGGGCCAGCCGUACCGUCGUUUCCCAAUAUUCCGGGCGGGAUCGACACCGAUGGAGGACACGGGCGCGCUGAGUGAUGUCCGCGUCGAGUGGCCUGCAGCACGGACGGCGCGCAUCACAAUCAAGGAGACGGCGCUGACAUACGAGGCGACUUAGGGUAAUCCAACAAUUUGCAUGCAGGUGUAACUGAUUAUGGGGGAUUGGAUGAGACGGAGAAGACGCUUAUACAGACAUCUUCAAGCAAAUGGUGAGCCACGUUCAGGAAGAGGCAGCACCCUCUCUUGAGACAAAUCCGAAGUCUGAGGAUGAUCUCAGCGGCCUAGUAUGCACGAAGAAUCGAUGAAGG